AUGUAGUUUUAAAAGCCAAAAAUGAUAGAAAACGAAGAAGAUUUGUUAAUGUGCAAGCAACAUUAGCAAAAAAUAGAAUUUGUAUUACUGGAUGCUUAAUUACAGAGAAAUUAAAGGCUCUUAUGCAAGUAAUGUCUUCAAUAAAAACCAUCUAAUUCUUAAAUAAUGGAUUAUCAAUAACUUAAAUAAGGCUUUGAUAAAUCAUAAAGAGAAAAGAUUUAAUAAUAUGAACCAAUAAUUUAGCCUCACAUUUAAUGUGCUGAAAGUUUGUAGAAAAGUGUAAGUGCUCUAAAAUCAAGAUUAAUUUUAAAAACUGAUUAUUUAUUAAAUCUUACUCAGGAAUGGAUCAUGGGGAUAGUUAAUUAAGUAAAUAAAUACAGCUUUUUUGAAGAAUUAGAUAAAUAUAUUUCGAAACAAAACUCUAUUGUUGAUUAGAAAGUGAUUUUUAGUUUUUUAAAGAGUUUCAAUAGAGAUGUGAUUAGUAAAUUUACAAGUUGUUUGCAAUAACUUCAUGAUUCCCAUUAAACAAUUCCUUUUUAAGAUAUUAUUUCUUAUAAUUAAAAUUUAAUAGAAAUUUAAGAAAAUGAAAUUAAUGGAAAUCUCUAAACUGAUUUAGAAAUUUAAAGAAAAAAUAAUUUAGAAAGAGAAGAAAGCUGUGAAACUUAUGAAGGGAUAUUUUGGGAUUAUUUAUAUGAUCCACCUCGAUAAACCAAAAGGAAAUUUAAUAUUAUUUAUACUAAAAAUAUGGAGAUAAAAUAUACUUUUGAAGAUGGUUGUAUAAUUAGAGUGUAAUAAUAAAUCCAAAUUUAGAGAUUAAAUAAAAGAUAAAUCAAAAAAGCCUGAUCCAUUAAAAAACUUAGAAUAAAUUUAAUUUCUUUAAUGGAUAGGAUAAUAUAGCAAAAACAAUUAGAAAACAGGAAAAUGGCAAGCAACUUGGAAGUGUGAGAUUUUAGAAACUGUAGGAGGCUUAUAUUCUGAAGAGGGAAAAAAAAAUGGAUUUUGGAAAGAAUUAUUUAAAAAUUAUUAAACGUAACUUGAGAACUUUUAUUCUAUAGAUUUUGUGAAGUUUAUGAAAUAGGAGAAUACGUCAACGAUGAAAAAAUAGGAAAUUGGAAAUACAUUUUUGCUGGAAAAGCAAUGUAUUUCUAUUUUUAAUUAAUUAUUAGUGGUGGUGGAAUAUAUUAGAAUGGGAAGAAAAAUGGUAAUUGGACUGAAUUAAGUGAUAAUUUUAAUAAGUAAUCAAUAAUUUCAUCUAUAUACAUCAGCUUGAGUUAAGUAACCAAUUGUGGUGAAUAUAAAUUAGAUACAAAAAUUGGAAGAUGGGAAAUUUAUUCUCGAAAAGAUAGAUAUUCAUAGUUUAAUAAAUUUUAGCUUAUUAUUAUUUUAUAUUUUUCUAUUUAGAGGUGAAGGGGAAUACAACAAAGAUGGUCUUAAGAAUGGAAAAUGGGUAGAAUUAAGUGAAGAUUUUAGUUAGUAUUCGUUUAUUAAUUCUUAGGGACAUUUUCUAAUCGAACGAAGUUAUUUAUGAAGGAAAUUAUAUAAAUGAUAAAAAAAAUGGACUUUGGAAUGAAUUGAAGAGAAAAAAUUUUAAAUCAGAAUUUUAAAAAAUGUAUUAUUGAUCUUUUAAAUAAAUAUUUAGACGAGAAAUAUACUAUUUAGAUUUUCAGAAGAAAAAUAAAAAGUGA